AUGCCUUCCCUUGGCUUUCUCAAGAAGAAGAGGACGCGGGAUAGCAACCCAGACCCCUCCACCUCCAACCCCACCAGCCCAGUCGCAGCUACAUCUCCGUCGAAGCCGUUCGAUUCCUCUACACUGCAGCAGCGACUGUCUGGCUCACAGGCAAAGACGGCUCCCGGAACAGCAACAGCAACAGCAACGGCUUCAGCUUCGGCUCCGGCUCCGGCUCCAGCUCCAGCUCCAGCUCCAACUCAAGGCUCAGCUACCGCUGCUGCGCCUGCUUCCCAACUGCAUCAGAUGAAUCCGGCAGACGCCCAAGGUGGCACCUUCGUCACCCCAUUGCCCAUGCAAACGAGCCAAACCGAUUCCCAGAGCCUUCCCAGCAUCAAUAACCUCAUACACCAACCCCAGAAUGGUGCCUCUACAAACAAUUACUCUUCCUUCAGCCCUGCUGCCCUAGGCGCCCAAAUCAGUCAUCCUUCCAGUGCAAGUCCAGGAACCGACCCUGACUAUAUGCAGCAACAGCAGCAACAGGCUUAUCCGCAGCCAGCAAUGCAACCACAGCCACAGCCUGGACAGCUGACGGUUCAGCAGCAGCAGCAGCAACAUGAGCAGCGUAUCCACCACCAGCACCAGGGAAGCGUCACCCGCGUCACAAAGGGGAAAUAUUCGUUAGGCGACUUCGACAUACUGAGGACUCUCGGAACUGGUAGCUUCGGACGGGUCCAUCUGGUACAGUCGAAGCACAACCAACGAUUCUACGCCAUCAAGGUGCUCAAGAAGGCCCAAGUAGUCAAGAUGAAGCAAGUCGAGCACACCAAUGAUGAACGACGAAUGUUGAGCGAUGUUAAACAUCCGUUUUUGAUUACGCUCUGGGGCACGUUCCAAGAUUGGAAGAAUCUCUACAUGGUCAUGGAUUUUGUUGAAGGCGGCGAGCUAUUCUCACUGCUAAGGAAGUCUGGUCGUUUUCCCAACCCCGUUGCCAAGUUUUAUGCCGCCGAAGCUACCCUUGCCCUCGAGUACCUGCACUCGAAGAAUAUCAUAUACCGAGAUCUAAAGCCCGAGAACUUGCUGUUGGACCGGCACGGACACCUCAAAAUCACAGACUUUGGAUUUGCGAAACGAGUUCCAGACAAGACCUGGACUUUGUGCGGUACGCCUGAUUAUCUGGCACCCGAGGUAGUCUCUAACAAGGGCUACAACAAGAGUGUGGAUUGGUGGUCGCUGGGGAUUUUGAUUUACGAAAUGCUUUGCGGCUACACGCCGUUCUGGGACAGCGGUUCGCCAAUGCGAAUAUACGAAAAUAUCCUCAAGGGUAAGGUCAAGUACCCGGCAUACAUCAACACAGAUGCGCAGAAUUUGCUCGAGAGAUUAAUCACACCCGACCUCACCAAGAGGCUGGGCAACUUAUAUGGCGGCUCACAAGAUGUCAAGAGCCAUCCAUGGUUUGCCGAGGUGACAUGGGAUAGACUGUCCCGCAAAGACAUUGAUGCUCCGUAUACGCCACCGGUCAAGGCUGGUACGGGCGAUGCAAGCCAGUUUGACAGAUAUCCCGAGGAUCCUGAAAAAUAUGGAGGUGUUGGAGGGUCAGAUGAAUACGGACACAUGUUCACCGAUUUUUGA